GUUCAGGCAAGCUUCUAUAUUAACUUCUACAGAUCUUAUGCAUGAAAGUAUAUUUGUAAUUUUGUAAUAUAUUUAAUAUGCAAGAAAGUAAUCGUUUUGUGCAUGUCUGACAUCAGUGCUGACUAACAUGGGAGUUGGUUUGUGCAUGUCUGCAUGCGGGUCAAGCUCUCCAUGAAGGAAUGCCAGACCCCGGGCAGCCCCCAUACAGAUUGUACUGAGAAAAAAUUGCAUAUAUUUUAGUUUGAUGUGGGGCCCAUUUCCAAUCUUUGGACUUGUUCUGAAAUUCUCAGGUAAAUGCAAGGGUACAAGGGAGGCAAGGCUGCCGACUAAGAUCCUCUGGAUGAGGAGGAUGUGUGUCCUGAGAUGCUUGCUGUGCAAGUACCGAGAAUCGAAGAAGAUCGACAAGCACAUGUACCAUGACAUGUACAUGAAAGUGAAGGGUAAUGUAUUCAAGAACAAGAGGGUGCUGAUGGAGAGCAUCCACAAGUCAAAGGCUGAGAAGGCAAGAGAGAAGACUUUAUCUAACCAGUUUGAAGCAAAGAGGGCUAACAGCAAGGCGAGCAGGGAGAGGAAGAUUGCUAGGAGGGAGGAACGAUUGGCCAAGGUGAGAUAAAUGGUUAAUUGUUAA